GUACCGACCCAUGAUGAAGCUUUUCGCAUUGCUGAUCUUGUGCGUAGCGGCAGCUACUGCCCUUCCUCUUAAUGAGGAGGUAGGCCCCGAGCAUAUUCCUGAACCGUACGGUGAGGAUGGCCCGGAGCAUAUUCCUGAGCCUUAUGGGGAGGAUGACCCGGAGCAUAUUCCGGAGCCCUACGAAGAGGUUGGUCAAGAGCACAUUCCCAACGAAGAACAGGGUUACGAGUCGAACUGGCAGCUUGUCCCCGAUGGUGAUGGUCGUCUGCAUCUGGUGAACACCGAUCCCUUCAACCUGGGCAGCCAGGAUGAGCCGGCACCGCUGUUCAACGCUGAUACCGAUACGAUUUUCCUGCUGUUCACGCGUAACAACCGCAACAGUGGACAUCGCAUCACUCCCGGAAAUGCUGGCACGCUUGGACCGCACUGGAACGGUGGUCGUCAGACGCGUUUCAUUAUCCACGGCUGGAACAACAACGGAGGAUCGGAAGUGAACGUGGCUAUCCGCAACGCUUACCUGGACCGUGCCGACAUUAACGUGAUCGUCGUUGACUGGGGUGGCGGUGCGCAGAACCCGAACUACGUCACGUCCCGCAAUCACAUCAAUGCUGUGGGAGCUGCUGUCGCUCGUUUCAUCGAUUUCUUGAACCAGAGCGGAGGUAUGUCGUUUAACAACGUGUACGUCACUGGACACAGUUUGGGAGGACACACGGCCGGUAUUGUUGGCAAGCGUGUGACCCGCGGCCGUCUGAACACGGUUGUUGCCUUGGAUCCUGCCCUGCCGCUAUUCUCCAUCAACGAUCCUGGAAAUCGUGUUGCAUCGGGAGACGCUAACUACGUUGAGGUUAUCCACACGAACGGAGGCCUGCUGGGUUUCGAUCUGCCGCUUGGUCAGGCUGAUUUCUACCCGAACGGAGGUCGCAGCCAGCCGGGUUGCGGUGUGGAUUUGGCGGGUACCUGUGCCCAUAGCCGUGCUCAUCAGUUCUUCGCCGAGUCGGUCCGUCCGGCUCAGAGCGGAUUUAACUCCAUCCGUUGCGGUAACUACGAUCAGAUCUUGAACAACAACUGCGUGUCGUCGGGCGCUAACGCUCGCAUGGGUGGUGAGCCGUCCAACAUUGGCCGUGGUGUGAAUGGUGUGUACUUCCUCACCACCAAUGCCAACAGCCCGUUUGCACGGGGUUAACCAGUGAUAUUGCAAAUCAAUAAAGUCGAACAUUUUUCAAUAAUUUUUUACCUUUAAA